AUGUCGGAUGGUAUCGUCCUUCAACCUGCGUUCAACGAGGCGCUGGGCCCAGCGUUAAUCGGCACGAUAGCUGCUCUCGCGUUGGUCAUGUCCAUCAUCGAUGCAGCGUCAAUCUAUGCUCAUGCCCAAUCCCAGAUUGUACGGCUCCUCGACACUGCGGCAGCCGUCGUCAAUGCCAUGGUACGGCAUACGAUAGAGUUUGACUGUGUCAGACAAGUAACUAGGCCCCAGAUCAUAUGGCAUUACACAAUCAAGACAAAAACCGAUAUUAUAAGACUUGUCGACGUGUUCAGUCGUCUAGCGUUGCGUCGGUCGGUCGCCAACCUCAGAGUCAUUGUUCAUCUCACUGACAGAGGCACGUUCCGGCAGUCCGAGUAUGCGCUUGCUGUGGGUGAUUUUCAACUAUACGGGCACACAAACCUCACCGCUGAGCGCUUUGGACAGGCACCGACCAUCUUCAUUGUCCAAUGCGCCAAUCAAGUACUGGCUCACCGCACCUACAAAUGGCCCCUGACAAUUAUCAUGGCCUCUAUGUCCUUGAGCUCAUUUGGUAAGGGAUGCUGUUCGGUAUACAUGCAAGAAGAACUUACGAUGGGGCUCGAACCCAUACCCAUACCCACCGUGCUCAUUCCAAAUAUCCAUCAGCAUUCAUCAUCCCUACUUCCCCGCGGUAUUCAUUCAACACAUGGUACCGGCUAUCUUACAAACGUCAACAGCCACCUUUGUGGAUAUUUGCGCAACGGUGACCCUGCUCUUCGUUCUAAGACGGCAAAAAAGACUGAUCGCCUCAUUGAAAAACUAUCAAUGUACGCCAUGAACCGAGAGGUCUUAACAACGAUCGUGCAGAUUGCGCAAGUCGUUACUUAUGUCGCACAAAAGAAGAAUGUAUUGUACUGGGCGAUAUUUUAA